AUGGCAGAAACCAUAGUCAAUGCCUCAGAGACGAGGGAUUACGAGUACGCCCCGGAUCGAUUCUACUCCAAACGACCCGAACCCAUCCCCGUUUCCAACGCGCAGAGACUGUCAUCCCCUUUCCCGUCACCAACCGAGGCCAAGCACCCUACGACGGAAGAACCCGCGACCAACGGAGCGGGCACACACGACGAGGAGAACUCUGACUAUAACAAGGGGAAAUCUCGUGGUGGAAUUGUGAGUGGGACAUCAGAUGCAUGGGAUCCGGAGAACCCGGCGACGACAUUGAGCCUUCGACGGCCGAACGAAUCGAACGAGAGUACUGCCAAGCAACGCGCUCCGAAUUCUGUACCGGCGUCGACUGCCUCUCCUCCUCGUCCGAGCGUGCAAUUCUCCAGAGAGACCUCGGAAAUUGAACCUACAGCCGAGACUACGCAGUCCAGACCCCCUUCCAGACCUCAAUCCAGACCCCCAUCCGUCGCGGGCGACGAUACAGACACGGGUCCAAGGGGAAGGCAGUCGCUUUUCAACAAACUAAAAGCUUUCGCGGCUGGACCCUCGUUUACCUCUCAUUCUCGAUCACUUAGCAAUAAUACGAUCGGAGAAAAUAGAUACGGGAACCAUGACUUGUCUACUCCAGGGUCGGAAAGAGGGGAAUUCCGAUUUCCGAAUACGCUGGAAGAAGAGGGAAGCGAUAUAGAUGCCGAUGCGGAAGAGAGUGGAGGGGAACAGCGUCCUCGCGAGCCGCGCAGGAAGCGUCGGUUUCGUCGAGGACACGAGGAUGAAUCCGCUCCGCAAACUGAACCAAAUACACCCAAGACCAGCCGACCUUCGUUUCAUUUGCCGGGCUCGUUUGCCCAAUUCGACGGGUACAGGCAAGCCUUCUUCCAACGGAGAGAGAGUGCCGGUGAUCUAGCUUUGGCACAACAGCGCGAGGGAGUCUCCGAGGACGAGGGUCGUGAUCGGCUGAAUCGGGAUACUGCUUGGAGGCGGCGAAGUGCCUGGCUCACCAAUGGCCGUAACAUGACCUAUAGUGGGCAGCACCCAGAAGGUCAAACCGCACAGGGUCAAACCGCACAGGACGAUAAGCAAAAUAAACGACCGAGUAAUCUGAGGCGCAUAACCGGACUAGGAGGCCCGUCGGAAAAUGGAGAAGGGCCGUCCUGGAGGCGCCACCGUGCUGACCGUGGCUCAAGCCUAAGUGCUCAAAAAUGGAGACAAAUCAAGGCUGGCCUGAAGCUCAUCGGGCAGCGACGCAAGGUAGACCACACUGUUGAUCACGCCAAGUCUGCCGAGCUAUUGGCAGAGCUUGCAUCUGGAAUUCCGGCAGCCCUGAUCCUGGCCAGUAUGUUCCAACGGGAUGAACAUGGCAGCAAACGUAUUCCUAUUCUGCUUGAACAACUCAAGGUCAAAGUGACAGACAGCAGGAUUGAUUCACACUCGGGAGAUCGCCAUCUCGUUUUUCGCAUUGAACUAGAAUACGGAAGUGGUAUGACGCGCAUGAAAUGGAUUAUCCACCGGACACUGCGAGAUUUCGCCAACCUCCAUCUGAAAUACAAGCUCCACUUUGGAACACAAAGGUACAUCCAGCUCCGCAAUACAGAGGGUGGUCAAAACCUACCGCGCUUCCCUCGGAGUGCGUUUCCAUACUUGCGAGGUGUUCGAGGAUUGGAUAGUGAAGGAGAAGAUGAGGAGGAGGAAGUUGGAUACGAGACCGCAGCCGAAGCUACAAGCGGAAAUGAAAGAGCUGGAAGAAGACAACAGAUGCAACACGGGCGGCGACGCUCUUCUGUCGGCAUAACUCGAAGAUUGUCGAGUCUGACAGGUGCUGAGGGGGAUACGGCCGCCGAGGCUGGACCAGCGAAGAAGGACAGUUACCCAGAGAGGCAACGGAGAAAGCUGGAACUCUAUUUGCAGAAGUUGAUCCGGUUCCUUAUAUUCAAGCCUGACAGUAAUCGACUAUGCAAGUUUUUGGAGCUGUCGGCCCUGGGUGUCCGUCUUGCAGCCGAAGCCAGCUACCAUGGCAAGGAGGGUUACUUGAUGAUCCAGUCUUCAAAAGGUCUGGACUUCCGGAGGGCCUUCACUCCUGGUAUGAUGAAGAGGCGACAUUCGCCUAAAUGGUUCCUCGUACGGCACAGCUAUGUUGUUUGCGUCGACUCGCCUGAAGAAAUGAACAUCUAUGAUGUGUUCCUGGUCGAUCCAUUCUUCAAGCUCCAGACGCAAAAGGUUAGCUUGCGGCAUCAGAAGGCAAAGGAGUUUGCCAAAUCUGCCACAGAAUCCGCAAGACAUCCUCAACACCACACACUGAGAUUGGAAAAUUCUGAGCGGAAGCUGAGACUGCUAGCAAGAAAUGAGCGUCAACUUCACCAAUUCGAGGACUCUAUCCGGUUCAUGGCUAGCAACACCCCGUGGGCAAAGCCCAAUCGUUUCGAGAGUUUCGCUCCGGUCCGCCAGCGAUGUUUCGCUCAGUGGUUGGUUGACGGGCGUGACCAUAUGUGGGUUGUGUCUCGAGCGAUCAACCAGGCCAAAGACGUCAUUUAUAUCCAUGACUGGUGGCUCAGCCCAGAGCUCUAUAUGCGGAGGCCUGCCGCAAUCAGCCAAAAAUGGCGACUGGAUCGUCUCCUCCAGAGAAAAGCCCGCGAGGGAGUGAAAAUCUUCGUCAUUAUGUACCGAAACAUCAACUCUGCCAUCCCCAUUGACUCGGAAUAUUCCAAGUUCUCUCUCCUCGACCUGCACCCGAACAUCUUCGUUCAACGAUCACCUAACCAGUUCCGACAGAACACUUUCUUCUGGGCACACCACGAGAAGCUUUGCAUUAUUGACCAUACGCUGGCUUUUGUGGGUGGAAUUGAUUUGUGCUUUGGACGAUGGGACACGCCGCAGCAUCUUCUGACUGAUGAUAAGCCGACUGGUUUUGAGACCCCUGGCGGCCCGAAAGAUACUGAUAGCUGCCAACUCUGGCCUGGAAAGGACUACUCGAACCCGCGUAUCCAGGACUUUUACGACCUGGACAAGCCGUACGAGGAGAUGUAUGAUCGUAACGUUGUGCCUAGAAUGCCGUGGCACGAUAUCUCGAUGCACGUCGUCGGCCAGCCAGCAAGAGACCUUACUCGUCACUUUGUCCAGCGUUGGAAUUACAUUUUGCGCCAACGGAAGCCAACUCGCCCGACACCGUUCCUGUUGCCGCCGCCUGAUUUCGAACCCGCGGACCUGGAAGCCCUAGGUCUUGAUGGCACUUGCGAGGUCCAGAUAUUACGCUCGAGCAGCGUGUGGUCGACGGGUACUCCCGAAGUCACGGAGCACAGUAUCAUGAAUGCCUAUGUCAAGCUGAUCGAAGAGUCUGAGCAUUUUGUCUACAUCGAGAACCAGUUCUUCAUCAGUACUUGCGAGAUCGAUGGCCGGAAGAUUGAGAACCUGAUCGGAGAUGCACUCGUGGAGCGAAUAACAAGAGCUGCGAAGAACAAGGAGGCAUGGCGAGCAGUGAUUGUCAUUCCCCUGAUUCCUGGGUUCCAAAACACAGUCGACAGCGAAGGUGGCACGAGUGUCCGUCUGAUCAUGAUGUGCCAGUACCGCAGUAUCUGCCGUGGCGAGACGUCCAUUUUCGGCCGGCUGCGAGCUCUCGGAAUCGAGCCCGAGGACUACAUUCAAUUCUUCAGUCUGCGAUCCUGGGGCAAGAUUGGUCCCCAGAAGCAGCUCGUCACGGAGCAGCUCUACAUCCAUGCUAAAUGUAUGGUUGUGGAUGACCGAGCAGCUAUUAUUGGUUCCGCCAACAUCAACGAAAGAUCCAUGUUGGGAUCGCGAGACUCUGAGGUCGCUGCGGUGGUACGUGACACGGAUAUGAUCUGGUCUACGAUGAAUGGCCGUCCGUAUCUGGUUGGACGAUUCCCACACACACUUCGUAUGCGGCUUAUGAGAGAGCAUCUUGGAAUUGACGUUGACUGCUUGAUGGAGCAUUCGUUGGCGACCGAGGAAGAGCUGCGGAAGAUCCAGAUCGAGGAAGAAGAACCCAAACCGCUCAGAAAGGCCAAACUCGAUUCGGAGUCGUUGAUGAUGGAGAAGCAAGAUGAGAGGGAUAUGAUCGAGCGUCGGCAUCGAAUCCAGGACGAAUUUCUGUCACGAUCCGAAGAACUGCACAGCUUCAACCAUGACGUCGAUUGGGAACAGGGCAACAACCCGAACCUUAAGUCGAAUCGGAAGCUCACCGCAGACACCAGAGUAACAUCCAACCUAGAGCAUAGGAAGGACGUUGACGGGUUCGGCGCCGAUAACCUACGCUUAGCUGAGCAUCAUGGACUGGGCGAGGCGCGCGACUCCGAAAUCCUCAAUCAUAGGCGAGAGGUCUUGCUUUCUCCUCUUGCUAGUGAAGGAAAGGGCACAGUUCAACAGCCAAAGGGGACGCCAAGGAAGAACUCGCAGCAGAAUGGAUCAAGCGGCCAAGAAGCUACGGCGACGUCUCCCACUAUCUCUUCUCAGGACGGGUCCGCAAACCAUGUGGUGGAAGGGCUGCCAACAGCGCAGAACCCAUCACUGGUGAUUCCGGCUGACGGUGGAGGUACCUCAGUGCCCACUAAGGACAGAUUCGACUCGAUCAAAUUCUCUCCUACUAUCGGGCCAGAAGCUAAGCACAUUUUCGUCGAUAAGGACUGCAUGAGAGACCCUGUCGUCGAUGUGUUCUACCUGGACACCUGGCAAGCUGUUGCGGAAAAGAACACCAAGAUUUUCCGGAAUGUUUUCCGUUGCAUGCCUGACAGUGAGGUUAAAUCCUGGAAGGAAUACAAGGAAUACAAUACGUACCAGGAGAAGUUUGCCGAGAUGCAAAGUCACCACUCCGCAAAGGCGUUCAACCCACACCAUCAGCGGCAGACAGGGCCUCCCGGAGCAGGCGCUACCUGGGCCACCAACCUCAAGCCAAACAUCUUGCACCGUACAGGGAGUCACUGCACUGACCGGAAGAGCCACACGCCGACAGACGAAAAAUCGGAGAGACCGAAUUCCAAUGAUCGACCGCAGUCCGAGCAAGCCAAUGCCCAACUCACAUCGCUAGUGGACGAGAAGGCUUCUCUGAGACCGACUGAUGUCCCCGGGACGAGUAGCUCGCGACAAGAUGACGGCCCCUCGUCUGGAGACGAUCUUGAAAGACAACGCUCGGAAACUCCUCAAGUCGACUACUCUGAGGCUCUGAACCGCAACGCUACAAACCGUUCGCGGCGCCGCAGACGGAGAACUACGACGCUUGGCUCGAAACGGGAUUUCACAACCGAUGAAGUUUUGGACAAACAAAGGGCCGAAGAUCUCUUGAAUCAGGUCCAGGGACAUCUCAUCAUGUGGCCUUAUGAUUGGCUCGAGAAAGAAGAACAGGGUGGAAACUGGCUUUACACCCUCGACCAAAUUUCUCCUCUGGAAAUAUACAACUAA